ACCUUUCUUUGUCCCCUUCUCUCUUUUCACUCACCUCCUCCACUCUACUCACCUACAGAUAUCGCCACCACGCCAAUGCAAGCUCGAACUAGCAGCAAGCAACGGCCAAUGGACGACGGAGCCAAGAGCGGCGGCGGCGGUGGCGGCCGGACGAAGCGGCUCAAGGACCGCCUCGCCCGGCUGCUCCUCCUCCGCUCGCCGUGCAGCUCCUCCUCCUCCACCUCCACCACCUUCACCGCCGCCACCAAUGUGUCGACAACGACGACGACGACGACGGCGUCCUCGACAGCCACCACCGCCGCUUUCCUCCCCCGCGUCGAGCCCUUCUCCGCCGCGCUUGACCUCCUCCGCCACCCUCCUCAUCCUCCUCCUCCGGAGGAGGAGAAGAAGGAUAUAAACCGGCGGAAUAGCUCCCGCCGCCGCGGCCAUUUCAAGCCGAAGCUGUCGUCCAACCCCUACGGCUUCACCACCUCCGACGACGACGGCGAGGGCGCCGACGGCGACGACGACGACGACGACAACGACGGCACGGAGGCCUUCUUCUCCUCUAGAAGCCUCGUCUCCUCCGACUCCUCCGGCUUCUACGCGUGCUCCUCCAAGCAGCAGCUUCUUCCCCACAAGAGCAAGGCGAACCGCCACCGCCACCACCGUCGCCACCGGCAGCAGAAGCCGACGACGACGCGGCGCCGGCGCCGGCGAGCGUCGGGCUGCGUGGACGACGCGUGCAGCGUGAGGGACGCCGCCGCGUUCCGGCCGCUGGUGUCGACGACGGCGGAGGAGGAGGUGAGGAAGGGCCUCGCGGUGGUGAAGCGGUCGAGCGACCCGUACGGCGACUUCCGGGAGUCCAUGGCGGAGAUGAUCGUGGAGCGGCAGGUGUUCGCGGCGGCGGAGCUGGAGCGGCUGCUCCGGUCGUACCUGUCCCUCAACCCGCCGCGCCUCCACCCCGUCAUCCUCCAGGCAUUCUCCGACAUCUGGGUCGUUCUCCGCGGCGGCUAGCCAGCUAGCGAGCUCGCCGGCGUUGUGGUAGCCAUUGUACUCCGGCCAUCUCGCCGGUGCAUGGCUAGCGCUGUAGUGUGUGUACGGUUUUCAUGAGGUUAAUUGGCUGUAGUGAGCUACUGUUAACUGUUAAUUUCAUGCAGCUUGCAUGCAUCUGAUGUCUCGUGGUUGUCGGACGAAAUUUUCAUUUAUAUAUCUGCAUCGAUGUAACAUAGUACUCCCUCCCUCCGUUUCGAAAUGUUUGACGCCAUUGACUUUUUUAAA